UGUCAUUGUCCCACUUCAAAGUUUUUGUAUGAGUAAUAGAUUCUUAAUUAUUAGUAGAAAACCUAUAUAAAUGAUUUUAUGUUGUCAUAACAUAUAACAACGACUCUUCUUUCUUUCUUACUUGUGGACAGAUUUCGAGAAAGCCUCAAGACAAAUCCGCUGAUUUAAUCAUGUUUCUGUUCUCUUCACAUGUGUUCAAGCUCGUGACGACCAAAGAUUAUCGGAGACACUUAUUGAAGCGGAGAGGAUGGAUUAUUGCUUUGAUCAUGUUCAUUUCUGUGUUUGAAAUUGCAUUCUGCCAAAACCAAACCCCUGAGCCAGAAUCAACACAAGUCUUGCAGCUACAUUACCAAGAUCAACAUGUGGUAGUGGAGAAUGGAAUUUUUCAAUUAACUUUAUCAAAUCCUGAGGGAUUUGUCACGGGAAUCCGGUACAAUGGUAUCGAAAAUGUGCUCGCGUACACGGGCAAAGAAUAUGAUAGAGGUUACUGGGACUUAGUGUGGAACUUUCCUGGCAAAAAAGCUAAAAAGACCAAAGGCACGCUAGACCGGAUUGAAGCAACAAAGAUGGAAGUGAUUACGCAGAACGAUGAACAGAUAGAGCUAUCGUUUACAAGAACAUGGAAUACGUCUUCAACGACGGCUGUUCCAGUGAAUAUAGACAAGAGGUUUGUAAUGCUGCGGAACUCCUCGGGAUUCUACAGUUACGCCAUCUUCGAGCGGUUACAAGGAUGGCCUGCUGUUGAACUCGAUAAUAUGCGAUUAGUAUUUAAGCUAAACAAGGACAAGUUUCAUUACAUGGCGAUUUCAGAUGACAGGCAAAGGUACAUGCCUUUGCCAGAUGAUCGGAUUCCGCCUCGUGGUCAACCUCUUGCUUAUCCUGAGGCAGUUCAACUUCUCGACCCUAUUGAGCCCGAGUUUAAAGGAGAGGUGGAUGACAAGUAUGAGUACUCAAUGGAGAGUAAAGACAUAAAAGUUCAUGGAUGGAUAAGCACAAAUGAUUCAGUUGGGUUUUGGCAAAUCACUCCAAGCAACGAGUUCCGAUCUGCUGGCCCUCUGAAGCAAUUCCUAGGCUCCCAUGUCGGUCCAACCAACCUUGCGAUAUUUCACAGUACUCACUAUGUUGGAGCAGAACUAAUCAUGAGUUUUAAAAACGGUGAAGCAUGGAAGAAAGUGUUUGGACCUGUCUUUAUUUAUCUCAACUCUUUUCCUAAAGGAGUUGAUCCUCUCUUGCUCUGGCAUGAAGCCAAGAACCAGACAAAGAUUGAAGAAGAGAAGUGGCCUUAUAACUUCACCGCUUCAGAUGAUUUUCCUGAAUCUGACCAAAGAGGAUCUGUUAGCGGUAGAUUAGUCGUAAGAGACAGAUUCAUAAGUAGUGAGGAUAUACCUGCAAAUGGUUCCUAUGUGGGCUUGGCUGCACCAGGAGAUGUUGGCUCAUGGCAAAGAGAAUGCAAAGGUUAUCAAUUCUGGUCUAAAGCAGACGAAAAUGGAUAUUUUUCUAUCAAUAAUGUGAGAAGUGGUCGUUAUCAUCUCUAUGCAUUUGCUCCGGGAUUCAUCGGUGAUUACCACAACGACACUGUUUUUGACAUUUCUCCAGGCUCAAAGAUUAGCCUAGGAGACUUGGUGUAUGAACCUCCUAGAGACGGUUCAACUCUAUGGGAAAUCGGUGUACCAGACCGAAGCGCUGCAGAGUUCUACAUUCCUGACCCGAAUCCAAGCUUUGUAAACAAACUAUACUUAAACCAUUCUGAUAAAUUCCGACAAUAUGGAUUGUGGGAACGAUAUUCAGAAUUGUACCCCGAUGAAGAUAUGGUCUACAAUGUUGAUGCUGAUGAUUACUCUAAGAAAUGGUUCUUCAUGCAAGUUACAAGGAAGCACGCAAAUGGUGGAUAUAACGGUACAACAUGGCAGAUCAGAUUUCAAUUCGACGAUAAAAUGAAAAACUUAACCGGAAACUUCAAACUGCGAAUCGCUCUAGCAACAUCAAAUGUAGCAGAAUUGCAGGUUCGGGUGAAUGAUCUUUCUGCAGAUCCUCCAUUGUUUACGACAGGGCAAAUAGGAAGGGAUAAUACAAUCGCAAGGCAUGGUAUUCAUGGACUAUAUUGGUUAUACAAUGUGAAUGUGCCUGCUGCUUCUCUUCACCUGGGAAAUAACACCAUAUAUCUAACUCAACCGCUCGCCACGAGUCCUUUUCAAGGACUCAUGUAUGAUUAUAUUCGUCUUGAAUAUCCUGAUUCCAUCAAUUAUAUUACUAAAUCAUAGAGUUGUAUUCAGUUUUCCUUAUAAAGUUGGUGAUUAAUAUACAGAUAGAGAUAUACAGAUUUUUUUUCUCGA